CCCAUAACCCUUUUUAACUAUUUUGAAGCAUCUGACGGUGGAGAAUUCAUCAAACAGUGUCACUGAUUACAACAAUAAUAUACGAGAGGCUCAUAGAUCUUCAUUUAAAUCCCCUCUUGACUCAUCAUGUGGUCCUCUACUCUAUAACCAAACCAGCAUGCCUACCCAGUAAGUACUAAUGGAAUUUUUGUUGGCUCUGCUGCUAACUACAGCACCUGAAACAGUGAAAUUUGAAAGCUCUCUUUCUUUAAAAAAGUCUUCUUUCUUUCUUUCUUUGUAGUACUAUGGAGACUAGAGAGAGAGAGGACUGAAGUUCUUGCCAGCCAGGCCUCAAUACAUUGUGUUCAGUUUUUCACCUCCUUUGUUUUCUGUUCCUUUUUCCUUCUGUUUCAUCAUCUUCAUGUUUCCACAGUAAUUCACCACAAAUCUUGCUUCUUCUUCUUCUCCUUCUUCUUCAUCUCCUACUCGAUUAUCUUCUUGAUGAAAAGCUUUCAGAAUUUAAUUUUCGGACUCAAUUUUCAGUUUCUAAAAAGCUCCUUAAUUUCUCUUCUUAUUCUUCUGAAGAACUGGUACUUGUUCAUGUUUAUGUCCUAGUUGUUAAAUUGCUAAAUUCCUCCCCUAGAAGUUUUAGUUUCUGGGUCUUAUUCUUCUCAUUUUUUCCAAGCAGAAAAAAAAGUCCUUUUUUUCUUCUUUGUUUUGAAAUCUGGGUGUUGUUGUGAAGAGUUGUUAUUAGUAGUGCUACUGCUGCAACAUGCCAGUGAUGGAUCUUUUUCAAAACCCAUCUUCUCUCAAAUCAAACAGAUCUGAAACAGCCAUGUGGAUUGCAAAGCUUGUGCUCAUGUCCAUGGGGGUUAUCUCCACUCUUGUUUUGUUGAAAGUGGCAAUAGUCCCAUAUACAUUCCACCUUCUUCUCUCAACUCUUCCUCAGUUUUGUGUCUCAGUUAGAAGCUGGCUAACACUCCCAUUCCUCUACAUCAUUGUCAACUUCAUCAUCAUCACCAUUGCAGCUUCCUCCAACUUCCCCCCCAAAACCUUCUCUGACUCACCAGCACCCUCUGAUCCUAAGCACACAACCACCGUCAUUUCAGACACUGCCAACCACCCAACUGAGUCAGAGAACCAAACCAAUGAACCUAAGGAAGAAGAAAAGGAGGUUGAAGAAGAAGAAGAACAACAACAACAACAACAAGAACUAGAACAAGAAGAGGUGGUUGAAGAAGAGCUAGAACAAGAAGAGGUGAUUGAAGAGUCUGGUUUGACCUAUGACAAAUUCAUGAUCCAACCUUCACUUGAAAGUUGCACCAAUGAUUAUGUCCUGCCGGAUUCAGAUGGUGAUGACACACUGGAAGCUACAUGGAGGGCUAUCAUGGAGGGACAAGGGAAAACAAUGAAACCACAGCUGAAGAAGAGUGACACAUGGGGUGCAAGGAUUGCCAAGGCAGAGCCAUUUCAUCGCAAUGGGGAGGGUGGUGGUGGUGAUGAUGACCCUGUGGCUUGGGCACAGAAGGAGCUCAAAAAGUCUGACACUUUCAAUGAUAGAGCCUCCUUGAGAAGGGACAAAUCCAUGAGUCCAGAGGAAUUGAAUCGCAGGGCAGAAGCCUUCAUUAAGAAGAUCAACAAUCAAAUGAAGCUGCAGAGGCUGGAGUCUUACCAGCGUUUCAGGGAAAUGGUAAACCGUGGUGUUUGAUGUGACCGAUUUCUCUUUUCACCAGUCACAGUGAAAAUUUAGCAAAAUGAUGAGAAUCUCUGGGAGUAUAUUAACCAUUUUGGAGGACUUGCUGUGUACAUAUUUUUGCUGCUGAGACUGUGUGAAGAGGCCAAGGCAAGUAUCAGACAUGGUGUACUUUUUUCCCUUGUCAAGUUUCUUGUGACAUAGUAGGCAUAAGUUAGUUUCUCCCCAAUCUGUUGUGCUCUUUCUUUGAUCAAGAUCUUUGCUCUACAUGCAUGCAUGUUCUACUAAACUAUUCAGAAGUCUAGUCUUUCUUAUAUUGCAUAAUGUUUGUAUUGAUUAUGUAGUUUGAACCCUAGAUAGCAUUAUGAGGGGAUUAUUUAAAUCGAAUGUAUAAUUUCUGCUAUUCUAUAUAUGCAGACCUAAUAAUUUACCAGUUAAUUGAGCUUUAAA